CACUGAUAUCAGUGUCAACGUUUCCGCGAAGGUGGCUGGAUUGCCUGAGUGAGUAAGAUUGCGGGGCGCGCAGGAUGAAUCUGUUGGAUUGAAACGUUUUUUUGACAGUGAAUUUUACUUGUUUAUAACUCAACGCGGUUUGAACAUAAUCGUUGGACCGCUUCUGCGGGGUGAAGCUUAAUCCUGUUUCAUAAGCUAAGUUGGCGGGAUUUUUAGGUGUACGAAGUCAAGCUUCAUACAUCUCAAAAUCGCGAGACGCGUGUAGACGACGAGAUAAACGCAUGACUUUGAACUGUGAAUAAAAAUAGCCGCGAUAUCUAAUCCAUACGUCUGUCGCAGCUUCAUUCGGCUAACUGAGUGCAAAAAGACGUCAACGUAAAGCAAAAAACUAUAAUGAUCUAGUGCGCUUUCACCCUGAUCUUUUGAUAACUUAGUGUCAAAAUACCGCCCAGCUGAUGUGAAUAAACUUAUCUGUGUGUUCGUGGCAUUGUGAAUAUCCUAAACAAAGUUUUUUCUCAGUUUGAUGCUCCGAGAGCAGAAUCGUGCGACGAUGAAACAUCUAGCGGAAUCUGAAGAAACAUUACUUCUGGCAGUAGUUGAUAGAUCUAAACACGAAAAGCUAAUAGUGAAUCACUCUAGAUGUAUUGCCGCGUGAAAAGCAUGACAAUUUAUUUUGGAGAGUGAUGCUGAAUCUGGUACUGGAAUAGCAGCCGAAUACUUGAAAAUCAAGUGUUUCACCUUCCGCUCGAAGAUACCCGGUACUGAUGAUUGAUUACUCGACUGGAUCUCAUGGGUCAAGUGACCCGGUCACGAUGGAUAGUUUCGAAAGUUCGUACAUCGCAGAUCGUCUGGGGCCAAAAUACUUGGACAUCGAAUUUGCUAUCCCGAUGACUUUGACUUAUAUGACAAUUUUUAUUACCGGUGUGUUUGGCAAUGUUAUGACGUGUUUGGUGAUCAUCAGGAACCCCACUAUGCAAACGGCGACAAAUUACUAUCUCUUCAGCCUGGCCAUUUCCGAUCUUACUCUGCUUCUGCUUGGCCUGCCUAAUGAGUUGAGUCAAUUUUGGCGGCAGUAUCCUUGGACACUAGGAUUGGCAUUAUGUAAACUCAGAGCCUACGUUUCUGAGAUGUCAUCCUACGUUUCGGUAUUGACAAUCGUCGCCUUCUCGAUGGAGAGAUAUCUGGCAAUUUGUCAUCCUCUGCAUCUCUACGCAAUGAGUGGACUGAAGAGACCGCUUCGAUUUAUCCUGGCAGCAUGGAUCGUGGGAAUUAUUUGUGCCAUUCCAUUCGGUGUCUACAUGAAAAUCAACUACUUGGAUUAUCCUCCAGGUUCUGGCAAGAUUUCCCUAGAAUCAGCCGUCUGCGCACUCUAUAAAUGGGACCUGCCAAAUUUUCCCAUCUACGAAAUGAGCUCUGUAGUAUUUUUCUUAGUACCAAUGAUCGUGAUUCUGGUUCUAUACACCGCGAUGGGCUUACGGAUUCGUAAAACCACGACAAACACUCUUGGCCAAAAUGUCGACAGUCACAUCCACGGCGAAUCUCGUCAGAUCCAAUCGCGCCGAGGCGUCAUCCGAAUGCUAAGCGCUGUUGUCAUCACGUUUUUCCUCUGUUGGGCACCAUUUCACGCGCAGCGGGUGAUUUACGUCUAUACUACGGACAAAUGGAACUUGCCUAAGGAGGUGAGGGAGCAGAUCUUUGUCACGAGUGGCAUCCUCUACUACUUUAGCACCACAGUCAAUCCCAUCCUUUACAACGUCAUGAGUGCCAAAUACAGGACCGCUUUUAAGGAGCUUCUCUGCUGUUGCUUCACUGGUAAGAUCCGGUCAAAGCGCACAAUCAACUCCAGUGGUGGUACACAGCUAACGCAAACCGGAAGUGGCAAGAAUUCUUCCUUGGUCAGAGGCACUGUUCACGAUGCGAAGAAACCUGCUCAAAGGGAUUCAGCACACAGUGGAAUUCGUCGAUCAGAAGGCCUUGACUCAGCAGAAAAUGGUACCGAAAAACCUCUUCUCAAUAACGGAUCUGCAGUUGGAAAGAAUGGAAACGGUCGACCGCCUCUGGAGCCUUGUGACUCCACUGCUAGCAGCAAUUUGUGAUUCCACUGUAGUCGUCUAGUUUGGAAUAGAAUUCCUUUAUACUCAGGCACUUCAGAUAUAUUGCCAAUUAUCGUACCUUACACGACUUGAGGGUCAAGUUAUGAUUAGAUCUGUGUUACUUUUAUUAAAUUUUACACAAAAUACUGUAUCUUGUUCAGUUUGAAUUGAAAUAAGCAAAGUGUGUGAUGUUUAAAGAACAGUAUGCAAAUAUAAUUUUGGAAACUUUAUUUUAAAUGAUUAUUUUUUUCUACAG